AUGAUCAUCUCCUCUGCAUUGGUUGCAGCUGUGGUUGGCGAUGGAUUCCUUGCGCGAGAUAUCACAAUAGAGAACUCAGCAGGACCAAGCAAACACCAAGCUGUUGCCCUGAGGGUUGGCGCUGACCUCUCCGCCUUCUAUCGUUGCAGUUUCGUAGGCUACCAAGACACUCUAUACGUCCACUCUCUUCGCCAAUUCUACAGAGACUGCGAUGUUUAUGGCACCGUGGAUUUCAUCUUUGGGGACGCAGCGGUGGUGUUCCAAAACUGCAACUUGUAUGCUCGAAAACCCGAUCCAAACCAGAAGAACAUAUUCACAGCCCAAGGGAGAGAAGACCCCAAUCAGAACACUGGCAUUUCCAUCCAGAAGUGCAAGGUUGCUGCAGCUUCUGAUCUCAUCCCGGUGCAAUCGAACUUCUCAACAUACCUUGGCAGGCCAUGGAAACAAUACUCGAGGACGGUGUUCAUGCAGUCCUACCUUGGUAGUUUGAUAAAUCCUGCAGGGUGGUUGGAAUGGGAUGGUGACUUCGCAUUGAGCACUCUAUACUAUGGAGAGUACAUGAACCUGGGGCCAGGUUCAAAUACCUCUAGAAGGGUGACAUGGCCAGGAUACAGAGUCAUCACAAGUGCAGCAGAAGCUAGUAACUUCACUGUGCAAUCAUUCAUACAGGGUGAUCAGUGGUUGGGUGCAACUUCCGUUCCAUUUACUUCAGGGUUAAUGUGAGAGGGGAUAAUUUAGUUAUUGAAUCUUUGGAUUUUCAGGAAUAAAGGCUAUCCUACUCUAUCUUGAGUUGAUUGGUUAAUUGUUGUAAUAUUAAUGUUUGGGGAAUUAUGUUAAUCAAAUUACCACCUUCCGCUAUGGGCUGUGAUUAAUUUGCU